AUUUGCAACGAGAUCUGUUUCGGUGUAAGAGAAUCAGAAUCAACAAGCAUCAAAGAUGAGGAGGGAAGACACAGUGAAGCUGAUUAGUGCGGAGGGUUUCGAAUUUGUUGUGGAUAAAGAAGCUGCAAUGGUUUCACAAACCAUACAUAACAUGCUUACCUCUCCUGGGAGUUUCGCUGAAAGGCAGCAUGGCGAAGUCACUUUUCCUGAUAUCAGCACCACCAUUCUCGAGAAAAUUUGCCAGUAUUUCUAUUGGCAUCUCCAAUUUGCCAGUGGGAAGGAGACGGAAUUUCCUAUUGAACCUGAAUUAACUCUGGAGCUGAUGAUGGCUGCCAAUUACCUCCAUACAUGAGCACCCCAAAGGUCAUGGUUCUCCUUUCUCAUUAUGGAACUGUUGCUUAGUUGGACUUUCAAGAGAUAGGAGCGUAGUAUUGCUGCCAUUAUAAACUGUAUCUUUGCUGGAACAAAGUAUAUAUGUAAUCUGUGUAUCUUUAACUAAUGAUUGCUUGACUCAGCUUGCAAGACUCUGAUGCAUGAGUGGCUGUUAGAAGCUGUCGAGUGAUGUUUCUGAGUAAACUUCCUGAUUCAAAAGAAAAUGCUAAUUAAUGGGAACAUUACCA